CAUUAGAAGAGUUCGGUGAUGCUGCCAAUGGCUACCCAGAAUACACAGAUUAUGACAUCGUUAAAGAUUACAUCGAAGUGUCUCCAGAUUGUUCACAGAUCUUCCAUCUUAUUGACGGCAAAACGUUGAAAUCAGCUGAGGUGUCGAAGAUAUUCCGUGUAUUUGAGUGUAUCUUGCUCAGAACAGGCGAUGAUUUAGCUGAGAAAUACGGACACGUAGGCGAGGGAAUCGUCAGUCAUAUUUGUGGUGUGAAUUCAAAACAGAUUUACCUGGCGUUGAAUAUUCGUAAUAAACCCAACCAAUUAAAAUCAACGAUAAAAUUAUUAACGUCGAUGGUGCUACAGGGUGAAACGUCGGCUCUCUGUGUUCUUGAUUUAUUUGAGGAGAAAAAUAUCGGAAGUUUGAUUCCGCUUUUUACCCAUAAAAAUAUCUCAGAUAAUGAAGAUGUGAGAACAUGUGUUAUAUAUUUUAUAAUAUCAUUCUUACUAUCUGGUAGUAAUACAUUGAUUAGACAACUUCUUAAAAAAACAGAAUUAGUACAGAAUGUAUUUUAUGAUAUAUCUCAUGAUAAACUGGAACUAAUAGAAAUGAUUCUACAGAUCUUUCAUGAAAAGAUAUUAGAGAACCAAGGUAUCAACAAGUCAACUAAAGUUGGGAUUUUUAACGGGAGAAUUUUACACGAGUUAACUCAGCUGUAUUAUUGGUGUGGACCACAGAAAUGGCGAGACAGUAAAUCCAGCAAACAUGGUGAAGUUCAGGACACGGCAUCUGAAGAAGAUAAAUUAACAGUAAUAGAUCUAGUCCACCAUUUUUUAUCAACGUUGUGUUGUUCUUUUAAACAUGGUAUAGCUUUCUUCGAUAAAACAGUUGGCACUGGGAAACGCAACCACAAUAUUACCCUGUCUAAAAUGCUGUCAUCCCUUCAACAUCCCUACAACCAUUCUAAAUUAAAACUACUGGUUAUUCAAAUCUUAAAGGAGUGUCCUGAUUUACUACAACAUUAUCUACCUUUAUUUAACCAUGCACUAUUACCCAGACCUACACCAGAAUGGUUGAAAUGUAUCAACUUUAUUCUAGAGAUCUACGAGAAUCAAACCACUUCUCCUAAUUUACAAUAUCUAGAAGACGUUACUAUUAAUAACGUAGUUACCAUAGCAACAACAUAUUUCAUCCCUCCUGAGAUAAUACGCAAAACACUGGCCAAUGGUUUGAAGAAUGAAUCUAUGGUGGUACGUCAUAAAACAAUAGAGUUAUACCGGUUUAUAUUGAAUCGUGGGGUAACGCUGAUCAGGAGUGGUGAAUCUAGUCCUGAUAAAUUACCAGUAGAUGUUAGAGAAUAUAGAAAACAGCUGAUUGACACUAUUAUCAAGAUGAUACCAACAGUUAAUAUGAUGAUGAGUUGUUGGAAUAAAACAGUCAAUCCUCAAAAAUCACAUAAAAAAUACACUCAGUCAGCAGCCUUGCCGAAUAUCUCAGCUACAGAACAUCUUAUUCUGAUUGAACAGUUUUUAUGUUUGAAUCAACAACUGGUGCCAGAUUUAAUUGACCGUCAUCCCGUUAUUCUGGCAACACUGCUGGACGGCAUUAGCAAGAUCACUGGAGGUCAAGACGAGCAGAAUGGGGACUCAAACGUUGAUGAAACGGUCAUUGAAAAUGGCCAGGAGGAUAACAAUGAUGAAACAAUGGAUGUAGGAGAUGAAUCUCAAGAAAUCAAGAUGGCCGACAAAGCAGACGACAAUAAAAUGGACGUUGACUGGGAAAAUGAAGAUGAUGAUCAGAAAGCUAUUUUACAACUUUAUCUUCUGAAAAUCAUUUCAGAUUCCGAUUCCAGGUUGUUACCAUGGAAGAGAAAGGGUAAAAAUAAAAAGAGUUUGAUGUUCCAACUGUUGAAUGUAUUAUCUGGUCCGGCUAGCCUCGCGAAAACAACCAGACAACUUAUAUCUAAGAUGUUGCGAGGAACUGGUGCUUUUGAGUCUGAAAACGGUGAAUUAGAUAUUUGGUUGAAACAUGCUACGCCUAGCAACAAGCACACCUCAUAUUUACCAGUUCUUGCCCAGAUACUGAAUCGUUAUAUCAGUAACUAUAGCAACCAUCAAGAUAAAUUAACUGAAAUUUUGUCGUCUGAUAAAAACAACUUUCCCUUUACUCCAUUAUUGAUGGUUGCCAUGGAGAUGAUAAAAAAGAAGGAAGACAACAGUGAAGAUAUAAAAGAGUUUAUAGUACGAGUGGUACCAAGUAUAUAUCAUAUUCAGUCUGAAACGAAGGCGUUACAACCUCUCUUUGCCACCUAUAGUGAUCAGUUAAAGGGAGUUAAAUAUUGGAAACCUCCAAAAAAGUCAAACUGUGAUUUUCAUCCAGUGUCCAUAUUGAUGAUGUCACUUCCUGGAGAUUCAAAGACUGUAGAGGAUGUAGAAGAUGAAAUAAUAAGGGGAAUGGUUACCAUGGAUACUGAUGAAUUAGUUUUAUUUUCAAGACAGAUAUUAUUAUAUCUGGGUGAAGCAAUUCUACAAUUUUCACAGAAUCCAAUAGUUUAUGAAAAAACAAUCAACUUUUACUUCAAACUUCUGCAAAAAAUCUUGGCAGACGUCAAGACCAAAAUGGCAACGGUGACAUCAUCAGAAAGUGACGGGAAAACUGAUAUGGAGAAACAGACAAAAACUUUUGGUGAUUUUUGUGAAUCGGAAAAUUCAGAGAAAAUAGUUCUCAAACAUAUUUUACUGAAUAAAUAUCUGCAGACAUCUUUUCUAGACUGUGUAAAUUCCAAGAAUGAAAUUUCAGUUUCGCAAAUUAUUAGUCCACCACUUCUGCUGAUCAUUGAGAAAAGUUCCAGCUGCCUAGAUACCGAGGAACUAGAAAAACUUAAGUAUUCAUACACAGACAAGAUUUUCCAGAAUUUAAAAGUGACUGGAAAAUUGUCCAAUCAUGAAGCCAUUGUGAAAUGUUUAAGGUCGUUGAUACCUCAUUUAAAUGAAAAAUAUCGUACACGAUUUAUUGAUGUGAUUUUAGGAUUGUCGGAUUCGUUCAUCGUGAGUAAAAAAAGGCGGGAAAUAACAGACGCAGGCAAAUUAGUGAUUCAGAUUUUAUCAGAAAAGUUGCAGACAGAAUUUACAUUGUUGCAUCAACUCUCAUUGGCGCAGACGUCAAAAUUGCUCAACUGCCUGAAAUUGGCUGAGGAUGACAAUUUGAUUAAGUUCUGCUCAGAAUUAUUAGGAAAAAAUCCUGCAUUUUCAUUGGCCUGUGAUGAAGAACUGUGGCUCCACCUAUUGGAGAAUGAUACAGACAAGAUGUCAGAUGUGAUGGUGAAAUUGUACGAUAAUAAUUAUGUUUGUCGGACAUCGUUUCAAACCUGGAUGUUAGAAAGUGGCGACUUUAGCAAGAAUAAAUGGUGUAUAACAGUUAGAAACAGUGAAGAGUUGAUAUCACUGGUGUAUACCAACUCCAACAUUCUUCCGAAAAUAUCACAAGCUGUCGACAGGACAGAUAUAGAUAUAAUAAAACAAUUAGUGAACAGUGAGAAAUAUGGUAAAAAAGAAAUGAUAAAGAUGUGGAAGUUUUUAUCAGAGAGUAUGUUAGAAACUGGUGUGGUAAAUAGCCACCGUCUAGAUUUAUUACAAACAUUAUUUAAUAAAUUAGUUACCAUAGAUACUACUUACAGGGAGAAAUUAGUAAUUCUGUGUUUUAGAAUCUUAUUGAUGAAGUCUCUGGAUGAAAACAUUAAAUUCUCCCUCUUGGAUUUAAUUUCUGAAAACAUUAAGAUGUGUAACAAAGUUCAUCUGGAAGAUCUAGAAGAAAUCUGGCCACAAUUUGUCAAAUCUUCGUUAAGGACAAUGUAUUUAGAACCCAAACUGAUCAACAUACUAAUAGACUGUAUUCCAUUGGUUUAUUACAAAUCACAUGACCAGAAACUACCAAUCAAAUUCUUGUAUGACAUGGUGAUGAGUCAUUCCAAAUUUCUUGCUGUCAUGUUUGGAGAGAAAUCACAGGAAAUUAAAGGAAGUAUGAUCACCCUGUUAUUAUCUAUAGCUGAGAUUUCUACAGAUUGUUAUGAUUCUAAUAAUAUCAGAAUAUUCCUUGGAAUCUACACAGCCUCACUUUCACUCUCAGAUCAGAAAUUAUUAAAAUUAAUCAGUUUAUAUGAAAAUAAUUCUACAGUAGAUUUAAACCAGUAUCAACCGUUCUUAUUCGGGCAGAAAGCGCUAGAUUUUUAUUCAUCCAAGAAAUACCAGGCUCCGUCAAUUUUACGCGAAACCAAGAUGGCCGAUCUGAUUGACUGUUUGGACGAAUCUCUUCUGUUAAAAUCAGCCCUGAAUUUUCCUCUGUAUCGAGGCUUGGUGCCAUCAGAAGUGAAGAAAGUUGAUAAAAUAGGAGGAAAUGAGGAUUGUUAUGAUCCAUGUUUCUUACUCCCAGUUUUUAAUCAGCUGUUACAACCAGGUGUUAUAGUAGAUUUAAAACAGUUUAUUACCUCCAACUGUCUGGGGUUUGUAUUGGCUGGAUUGAGUAGUCAUGUGACCAGUGUACGUCAAGCCUGUUAUCUUAUAUUAAAACAAUAUUAUGACCGACUGUCUACAGCUACAUUCCCCGAGGUUGAAGAAAUAAAGUAUCUGUUAGAGUUAUUACGAGGAAGUAUUGAAACUCCCAGUAUGAAACUCUGUACUGUUAUUACUGUGUUUUUAUCCAAGAUGGCCAAACUUCUUCUUAGUCCUGAAAAUCACAUGUAUAAAAGUUUAACGACAUUUUUAAUGUCAAAACCAACAUUAGAGUUUGACAGAAUUCCUGGUUUUUACAGAUUCUUUAAUAGUUCUGAAUUAGACCAUCAUCAAGAACGUCAGUGGAUGUUAAAUAUGAUAUUAGACGGGUUACGAACCUAUGAUGAUUUUAGAAUCUAUGAAACAUUAUACAGUUUUAAAUUAUUACAAUCUUAUUACCAGAGUUUACUCAGUGAUCUUCAUAGUCAGACUAUAAUAUUAAAGAUUAUUAACUCAGUGUGUAUAGAUAUAGAAACUAUCACUGUAUUAUAUGAGAAACAUGGUAUAUUAACCUGGUUUCUAGGUGUUAUUCUACAACUGAAACCAGGAUCAUGUCAUGUGACUUUAAUAACAGAAAUAUUCCAUAAUAUCUGGUUCACCAUACAAUCACAGCUUCCUACUGACAGUCUGGUUAAUAUUCCUAUACAGUUUUUAUACCAGAUCAUCCAGUGUCUUAGACAUUUAAUCACUAAACUUGGCUCUGAAGAUGCUGUCUCAUUCCACAAAAUCAUGAAAGUUCUGAGUUCAACUUUAAAAUAUUUUAAAAUAGUUCAACAUGACACCCACUUGUUCCUGAUGAAGUUUGACAACUUGGCGUUAAAAGACAUAGCGAUGAUUCUACUAUGUCUAGGAAAGUUCAACAAUGAUAUUGUGAUGUUCCAUCAGGCCCAGCAUCUGCUGACAUCAAUCAAUGUUGACGUAAUGAAGUUGUUGCCUAGCGCUGUCGCAGCUGCUGCUGCUGUCAAAAAAUGGCAGCCAUCAAAUCCCACAAAUAACAAUGAAGAUAAGUUUGGUACGAAGUCUGAAAAUUUGAAAUUAGAACCAGAGGAAAAAUCUAUCAAGAACGGAGAUCGAAAACUGAAUCAUAGCCUUGACCUUCAAGCAAUGUAUAAAAAGGUCAAGGUCAAUCAAACUGAAAAUGUGUCAGAAUUAAUCGAAAUAUUUUUAACAUGGAAUCCUGGGAAGGAUGUUGAUGAUGGAACGACGUCUGCUGCAGGAUUUCUCCUAGUUAUGACCUACUUAAUGGACAAUUGUACCAAGGUCAAGGACAAGCAAUUGAUUUUGAAAAUUCUGGACUGGUUAGGUUCAGUUAUGUUCCGAAACAAAUCACAAAAUGGUGGUUUUGUUAUUUUUGACGACAAAAACUUUUCUAAGAUGUGUAGAUCUGUUUUGACAGCAGACGAUGAUUUCAUUCGUAAAAUCACAGAUAAAUUAUUAUUUUUAUAUUCCUAUGGCAACAUCUUAUCUGACAACAAACAAAACAUAGACACAAAAAUAGGAAGUAAAUCUCAGAGUUCUGAUCCAAAAAGUGAAAAUUCAUCAGAUUUAAGAUCCAAAGAUAUGAAUUUUUCUGAUGAAAAAGAUUCUAGGAAAGAAAAUUCUAACGAUGAUUUAAAAGAAUUGAUUAAUUGUGGUUUGAUUGGAAAAUUGAAUAAAAUCUUGAUGUUACUGAUGGAAAUAUCCAUUGAAAAAUCCGAGGAUAAAACUAGGAAAAUUUGGAAGAAAAGUUUGAAGAGAGUAAGAAAGGUAGAGAAUGAAGAGAAAGACAAUCUAACUACAGUUUUAAUACAGGAAUAUUUCCUAGGAGUCGACCAACCAGAAACCUUCGAUAAGCUUUAUAAAACCUGCUCACUAAAAACAGGUGAUGUUACCAUGGAUACUAGUAUUAUUGGAACGUGA